CGAACGGGUCAAGGGCGCCGCCCUCCCAGCACGGCUGCGAGUUCCAUCAGCUGAUGCGCGCUACGCCAGUGUUGUUGUUGCUGCUGCUGCUGCUACGGCCGAUACCACCACCGUCAGGAGCACCGUGCGCGCGUUUGUGAAGUAGGAGAUGCAGCAGGCUCCCCCUUCCUCCUCCUCCUCCACACACUCUUCACCGUGAAGUGAAGAAGGGAUGGCAGAAGAAUACUGAGUGAAGCCAACACAGGCAGAUCCCCCCCCCCCCCCACCAGUCUCGUGGGAGCUUGAGCAGCCUGCACAACCACACACGCACAAACACGCACACACGCACACACACGCGUGUAUGCCGCAGUGCCUGCUUGCGCAAACGGCACCGCUCAAGAAUCGGGACGGUAAAUUCCACUGGUUGCGCUCUCUGCAAUUCGACAGAAAGCACUUUCAUUAGAAUUCGGCCAAUGAUCAUUGUGCGCACGGUGUGUACAUUUUACGCACGGUGGCGGACUCGAGGCGUUGCAUACAAAUGAACUGGCAAACUAACUCGGCUCUACAAGUGUUGCCUCUCGUCUGCCCUUCCGCACAGCUUGUCAGCAGAAAUCUGCAAUCGUUCCAAAGAAACUUAAAAAUUGUGAAUUUGCUUAUUUGGCGCUGAUUUGGAUGGGACUAAGGAAUCCUCUAAGCUGAACCUCUGCAGUGCUGCAUUGUCGAACAAGGUAGGCAGACGGAGACGGUGCGAGUGAAAAGAGGAGCGAGGGGCAGCAAUAGACAGAUAGAAAAGAGAAAAGGAGAUAAAUACACUGGCAGAAAGAAGAAGGGAGGAAGACUCUUGAGGAAUUAGCCAGGUCUAAAGAGGCCAAGAAGAAAGUGGACAAUAAUCAUUUAUAAAGCAUCUCAAUGCUAAAUCGUAUCCAGGCGCUGUUUUAAAUCGACCGAGAGACAGACACGGCUACAAACGUGGAGACGAAAAGUGAGCAGAAAUUCAGACACCACCACAAGAAAUUGCGCACACAAACAGGAACUCAUAUUCGCAAGCAUAUAUAUAUUCACACGAAUCGCGAGCGGUAAGCCCGGGUCCGGGCACCGACAGACGGAGCCAAGAUGAGCGGGGACGAGCGGAUGUCCUGCUCAUCGCCGUCACACUCCCACAAGGCAGUGACGCCCCGUGGGAGCCAGUCGUCCCGCGACGCGCGGCAGUCGAUGACAAGUGCAGACGAGAGUCCGGUGUCUGCAGGCCACGACUCCAUCCUGGCCUCCCGUCUCACGUCUGCACAGCCCUCCCCCAAGAAAGAUGCCCAGGGGUGGGAGAUCAUCGAGGGCCUCCGGUCAGGGCAGCCGGACGUUCACAAACCCGAGAGGCACGAGGGCUUCCUGCUCAAGAAACGCAAGUGGCCUCUCAAGGGCUGGCACAAGCGGUUUUUUGUGCUGGAGAAUGGGAUCGUGAAAUACGCCAAGUCUCCAGCGGAGGUGCAGCGUGGAAAGCUGCACGGGAGCAUAGACAUUGGCCUGUCCGUGAUGUCCAUCAAAAAGAAGUCGAGGCGCAUCGAUCUGGACACGGAGGAGUACAUCUACCACCUCAAGAUCAAGUCCCAGGAAAUGUUCGACGUGUGGGUAUCCAAGCUGAGGAACCACCGCCUCUUCCGUCAGAACGAGAUCGCCUGCUCCCCCGGCACCGGCAGCCGCCAUCUGCUGUCCCCUCUGGACGUGUGCCCGGGGCAGCACUUUGCGGAUGGCAAGAUGUCGCGCUCGUCCAGCAGCCCGGGCCUCUCGGGAUCCCUCUCCAACGGUCAGAUCAAAAUGACCAGCUGGCUCCUGGACACGGAGGAGAUGGACCACUGUGCAAGAGGCCUCAACGACUGCCAGGCGAAUCUAGCUCAGCUGAGCGGCAUCUUGAAGAGCCUGGAGAUCCUGCAACGGACUCAGUCGGCGCCUUCGUUCUCCGACAUGCAGGGUGCCUGUCUUGAAAACGGAAAGAAAGAAAAGCGUAGCUCUCGCCGCUGGAGAACCAAAAGUGUGAGCAAGGAUUCUAAAAUGCAUUUGCAGCUUCCCAACAGCCCGUCCGCCUCUCCCAUCCGCCUGCACGCCUCCAACCCCAACCUGAGCAUCGACGGAGGGGCGGGGCUGGGCCCAGGCAUCGCCGAGUCUCUGGACGGCUGCUCCACCGACUACAGCCGCCUCCAGGAGGAGUUCUGCUGCGUGGCAAAGAAAGUGCACGUGACGCUCAAGUCCGUCUUCAACUCGGUGGCCAUCGAGAAGGAGAAGCUGCGGCAGGUGGCGUGCGAGCACGAGGCGGCGGGCGCCGGCCACGCCGCCCACGUGCUGGCGCUCAAGAAGGCACUCGCGCAGGCCACGGCUCAGAAUGGGGACCUUAGGAGCAGAUUGAGUCGCAUUCACGCGGAUUCAAAUCUCACGGAACCCCUUGUCAACAUCAUCCUCAGCCCAGACAUGCCCCCCGAGCCCCCCCAGGAGGGACCCCUCGUGCCGGUGCCGCUCAGCGAGAGUCGCCUCUCUGUUUCCGAGUCCGUCUCGGAGUUCUUCGAUGCCCAGGAGGUGCUCAUCUCGGCGAGCUCCUCCGAGAACGAGCCGUCGGACGACGAAUCCUACGUGAGCGACGUGAGCGACAACGUGUCGGAAGACAACAUCAGCGUGACGGAUGGGGCGCCGCAAACGUCGUUAAGCACACGGGAGGGCGGCUUCCGCAACGGCAGACGAAGCUUCCUGCCGGCGCCGUGCCCGGACACGAGCGGUGUGAGCCUCUGGAAUAUCCUGCGCAACAACAUCGGCAAGGACCUGGCAAAGGUCUCCAUGCCGGUGGAGCUCAACGAGCCCCUCAACACCCUGCAGAGGCUGUGCGAGGAGCUCGAGUACAGCGAGCUGCUGGAACAGGCGUCCGACACGGAGGACCCCGCACAGCGCAUGGUGCUGGCGGCGGCGUUUGCGGUGUCGGCGUACGCCCCCACGUACUACCGCUCCGGCAACAAGCCCUUCAACCCCGUGCUCGGCGAGACCUAUGAGUGCAUCCGGGAGGACAAGGGCUUCCGCUUCGUGGCCGAGCAGGUCAGCCACCAUCCACCCAUAUCAGCCUGUCACUGUGAGUCAAAGACAUUUGUGUUGUGGCAAGACGUUCGAUGGAAGAAUAAAUUUUGGGGCAAGUCAAUGGAAAUCCUGCCGCUGGGAACAGUCAGCCUCAACCUACCCAAGUACGGCGACCUGUACGAGUGGAACAAAGUGACGUCCUGCAUCCACAAUAUCCUCAACGGGCCGCGCUGGAUCGAGCACUACGGCGAGAUCACCAUCCGCAACCGCCGCAGCGGGGGCUGCAGCUGCAAGCUCACCUUUGUCAAGGGAAACUACUGGAACUCCAACGUGAACGAGGUGCAGGGAGCGGUGAUGGACGCCGACGGCAAAGUGUUGCACCGGCUCUUCGGCAAGUGGCACGAGGGUCUCUACUGCGGCGUUCCUCCCUCCGCCAAAUGCAUAUGGAGGCCAGGCUCGAUGCCCAAUGACUACCAGCUGUACUACGGCUUCACGCGCUUCGCCAUCGAGCUCAACGAGCUGGACCCCGCACUGGCGGCCGUGCUGCCGCCCACGGACACGCGCUUCCGCCCCGACCAGAGGCUACUGGAGGAGGGGAACGUGGAGGCGGCGAGCGAGGAGAAGCGGCGCGUGGAGGAGACGCAGCGCGAGCGGCGGCGCCACCUGGAGGAGAAUAAUCUGCAGCACCAACCACGCUUCUUCCGGAGAGUGGUGGACUCCAGCGGCCGGGAGUGCUGGGUAACGAACGGAACCUACUGGGAGCUGAGACGAGAAUCUGGGUUCGCGAAACUGGAAAGCCAGGUUCUCUGGUGACGUCCUCUUUGCCGUGGGGGGGGGGGGGGCGGGGGGCUGACGCGGUGUCACACCGGAGGGGCGCAUUCAUAUUCAAACAUAAGACCCAUUUGGUGUGCUCCACCAGUACUUGCCACUAUAGCCCAAUUAUUACCAGGCAGGUGAAACUCCCACCGCAGUUUUACAGCGGUCAUUUGACCCCGCCCCAUUCUCGCAAUCCCCUCCCACUCAUUAUCCUAGCCUCGCCCCCAGUUUAUAAGAUGGCUACCGCCCCCUCUCCCUUCCCCAAAAGGCUUUUGUCCCUUCUGUGCACUCAUAUACCAGUUAAGACUUCCGUUUGGCUGUUAUAUAAAGUAUAUAUGUAAAAAAUACCAUAAAGUCAUAUAAAUUGAGAAAACAAAUAUUACGUAUUAUCCAAAUUGUCCGUAUCUUAUAGGGAAGUGUAUCAUAGCACGAAUUCAAUGCAAAGAUUCUGUAUAGUGCGAUAGCCUGUGCAGCUCUGGAAACAAGCUGUGUGCAUUUUUUUUCUUCUUUCAUAAACCUGCUAUGAAUGUUGCAACAUUUGCACAAUUUCUAAUUUAAAGUCUUCACCGGUGGUGGUGGUGGUGCCGAUCGUAAUCGUGCUAGUCGAAUAGUCUGACACGUGCAAUUCUGUUCUCAUCAUUAACAAUGCUCUAACAACUGAAAUCUGCAAACGUUGUUCUCUGCUUCCGUUCGAGUUAACGGAUAAAAUAGGACUUACGGAAAAUAAAUAUAUAUUUUUGCUGCUAAAUUUCGAACUUUACAUUUUGCAUGUUAAUAUAAAUGAUGAGCAUCGUAUUUUAAAUGGUGGAAAAUGAUGACGAUGAAACAAUGUUUUCCUAUUUAAACUGUAAUAAUUAUUAGCAUUGUAAGUAAUUCUCUAUCAGCUACUGUCAAAAAAGGAUCCCCGUACAUUGUGAUUUAAGCACUUAAAGAUCAAUAUAACCUGUAUUCAAGUAA